AUUGAGAUUCUCCUCCUCUUCUCGAUGAGUUGAUCGAUACCUAGAUUCUCAGCCCCUUGCUGAGUCUCUCCGCACCGAGUCUUGCUCAAUCGGAAUUCCCUCCCGUCGCUACCCAUUUCCUUCUUGGCUAAUGCUUACUUCUUUGUCCGUUCUGUGGCGUCAAAUGAACAUCGUCAACUCGAUUGCACAUGCAGUAGUACGCUCAUCCCCUCAAAUGAAGCGCUUACUUAGGAUGACGCGCCGGGCAUGAACGCGCGUCGUUUUCAGCUGAGAGAAAGAUUGGAGGGGAAUGGCGCGCAACAGACAAACAACCCCGGAGGAUGAGAGAAUCCACCAUCAGACUUUCUCCCUCGACAUGAUCGUUCUCAUUGCGCCUUCCUCCACCCGCGCGAUCAGCUUCGAGCCCAACACCGACCGUCGAGUCUUCCCGGCCCCAGAACUUCGCGAGCAACAAUGACCGCAACCUCCGAACCCAACGACGAGCACAACCUCCAAGAGGCGUGGGAGCGCGUGUGCCGCUCGUUCGCGCAGACCACCAAGGUCGAUCUUACGACCGCGCCCAACUACACCAUCGAGGAAGUCCUCGAGUGGAUCCGUGUCCGGGAAGCGGAGGAUCUCGAAAGGAACGCUAAAUACAAAGAGGGGAAGGCUGUGAUCGACAAGACGCUGGCAUUUGUGAAGGUUCUUGGGGGCAUUGUUGCGCAGGGCGCGAGCAUGAUGUUCGCGCCCAGUAGCCUCUGUUUCAAUGCUAUCGCCUACCUGAUCGACACCGGGGCAAAGUUCAAGCGCAUCUUCAGCAGCCUGGCUGAGCUGUUCCGGAGGGUCUGUGACGUGUUGGACCGCAUGCAGAUAUACAUGCGCCUACCGAGCGACGCGGUGGAUGUCGCCCUGCGAAAGAUCCUCAACGAGCAGCUGCUCUGUUUUGUGGACAUUUGCGCUCUGUCAAUCAAGUUACUGCAGGGCCAUAAAGUCCUCAUCGCCCUCAAGGUGUUUGCGUUCAGUGGCGAUGAAGGGGUUAGCGCGCAGUUGGCUCGGCUAGCUACCCUUGGGGAACGCGAAUCCCAGAUGCGCGCGACCCUGGGCUUUGAAUCGCAGAAGGCAAGUGAGCGGCGCAUUUUUGAAAAUGCAGAGGAGACCAAGAUCAUUAGCACUGCUGUGGAACAACUUCUAGAUUCCGAGCGAAUGAAAAAUGUCUUUACUGUGGAGAGCAGGACAUUGCAUGAUCUCGACAUCGCUCUCGGCAAGCCAAGGACCGGUGCCUGGCUUUUGAACGAUCCGUUUUACACGUUUUGGGCAAGGGUUGACCAAGAAUCGUGUUCCAUACUCGGCAUCGAUGGGAGUGAAGGAUGUGGGAAGUCCUUCUUAGUAGCGCACAUCAUCAAGCACCUUCGGGCAAUUCACUUGAAUGACGACGAUGGAUUGAGACCGAGCUCGAUUGCCUAUCAUUUCUUCGGUCAUUACACAGAGACGCAGUCGCUGAUCCGGGCUCUGAACAUCAUUUCGUGGCAAAUCGCAAACGCAGACCCCGCAUACCGCAAAGACUUGAGCUCUGUCGACAUGACAAGCACCAGUGACCUGGAGAUCCUCUGGAACCGUUUGUUUGUGAAGUCAUACGCGACCGACUCGUGCUUCUUCAUGUUGUUAGAUGGGCUUGAACAAUUAGAUAAGGGGGAGGUGGGGCAAUUGCUUGCCCUUCUGGUCGAGUUGCACACUACUUCCACAAACUGGGGCAAGUUCCAGCUCCAUAUCCUCCUGAUGGGUCAGGAUGAGACCAUGAACAUGAAGAAAUUCAUCGAAAGUCGGGUGGACCGGCUGGAUAUUUUCGGUGGUUCGUCGGAACAAGUCGUCUCAAUACGCCGCGAGACCUUGGAAACCUUGAUGCGAGAGAUUCAAGGAGACUUCGUCAGCACUGGCUUGUUAUUGGACGAAAUCAGCACUAAACAACGUCCCGGCGAGAUUCGAGACAUUUUGGCUCGCUCGGGACAGAAUCGCCAGGACAUUAUAGGAAGGAAGAUUGACCGGCUGAAUGCAACCCUUGGCAAGGAGGAUAUCGCCGAACUUAAUGAACUUCUCACCUGA